AUGACAGAUAGGAAUCUCUACAACCCAAGAACCGUAAUCGACCAUGCGGAUUUCAAGAAACUCUCCGGCAAGCCGGAGCACACAGAUGCAAAUAUCGCACUGUGCUACUCACCCGAGAAGAAAGUUUACAUGGUCCAAAAGCCCCGCUUUGAUCCUGCACCUGGUCAAGUAGAGUGUCAUGUGAAAGCGACUGGAUUCUGUGGCUCCGAUGUGCAUUUUGCCCAGCAUGGUGCCAUUGGACCUAUGGUAGUCGACGACAUAUGCGGCUGCGGGCACGAGAGCGCGGGUGAGGUUACGCGUGUUGGAGAAGGUGUUACAGAUUUCCAGCCGGGUGACAGAGUGGCGAUUGAGGCUGGUGUUCCUUGUGGAGUGUGCGACUACUGCAAGAGAGGCCGCUACAAUGCUUGUCCAGACGUCGUCUUCUUCUCUACACCUCCUCACCACGGCACUAUGACACGCUACCACCUCCACCCCGCAGCGUGGCUGCACAAGCUGCCAGAAAGCAUGUCCUUUGAAGAAGGUGCCCUCUGCGAACCCCUCGCGGUGGCUAUGGCGGGUAUGCAAAGGAGUGGGAUGAGACUAGGUGACUGUGUGGUUGUUUGCGGUGCUGGUCCAAUAGGUUUAGUCACCCUCCUCGCGGCUAGAGCAGCUGGCGCAAUCCCUCUCAUCACUGACCUCUCCUCAUCCCGUCUCGACUUCGCUAAGAAACUCGUGCCGUCUGUCAAGACAGUGCUGAUCGAGAAGGGUCAAUCGCCAAAAGAAGUCGCGGAGAAGAUACAAAAGGUCGCCAGCAUGCCUGUUACGUUGGCCAUGGAAUGUACUGGUGUCGAGAGCAGCAUUCACGCUGCUAUUUUCUCGAUGGCUUUCGGAGGUAAAGUUUUCAUCAUCGGUGUGGGCAAGGAUAUACAGACAAUCCCAUUCAUGCAUCUAUCAGCUAAUGAGAUUGAUCUUCAAUGGCAGUUCCGCUACGCUAAUCAGUACCCACGCGCUAUUCGCUGCGUCGCUAAUGGAAUGAUCGAUGUCAAGCCGCUCGUAACUCACAGGUUCUGCCUCGAAGAUGCAAUGGAUGGUUUCGAAACUGCCGCGAACCCAGCUUCCGGCGCUAUCAAAGUGCAAAUUGUUGAUUGA